AUGGCCCCUCACCCGGCCAAUGGUCCCGACCGCGUUGCCAGCAUCAUGCUAUCAUGGCACUCGCUCGACCUGGUCGCGUGCACCACAUUACAGACCCUGUGGGCAGGGUACGGGCACAUAUGCGCGCUCACGGCGCGAGCCACCACCGCCGAAGCAGCAGCACAUCUCAACCAGCUGUGCGGUGUGGAAUCAAGCUCCGUCGGGUCCACGUACCCUCUCAUCCUGAAACUCAUCUCCCCGCCGAGGGAAAGCACUGGCCAUGAUGAAGAUGAGGGCCAUCUGCGCAAGAUGCUGAGCUACGAGGUAGAGCAGUACUUUUAUAGCGCGGUCGUCCCACUGCUGGGAGAUGAUAUCGCCGUGGCCAAGUGUCUGGCCUCGACGCGCGGAAUGGAUCAUGGCCAGGAAGGCGCGCGGGAUCUCCAGGGCUUGAUGGCCACCGUCAUGGUCGACCUGCGGCCGAGAUUCCCCGUCGCAGGCGAAAAAAGGAGCGUGCUGAGUCCCACCCAGGUCCAUGCCGCACUGGGCUGGCUGGCCGGCUUCCACGCCCGUUCGUGGGGGCUGCUGCUGCCCGCGACUCGGGACGAAUAUGUCCUGCCGCCGCUUGAAGAAUCCCGUAGACGAAGACAGAACGCAGAUAAAGAGUCCGGGCGCGGGCUGUGGCUCAACGGGGGGUACACGUACCUGGCGACUCGACAGAAGGAAUACGCUUCGCUAGCGCGAGACCUUGACUUGGAGUGGUCAGGGGCCAUGUGCAUCCCCCCAGAAGGAUCCGCACUAUCCGUUGCCGAAAUGGCCGCAUUGUUCUUAACCCCCUGUGGACGGCCAAUAGAGUCGUAUAUCCACGGCGAUGUCAAGUCGGAGAAUCUCUUCACGACGGCCGAUGGAGACGCGGUGGCGUUCUUCGAUUUCCAGUACGUCGGGCUGGGCUUGGGGGUUUGUGACCUCGCCAAAUUGUUUACGUGCUCGGUGCCGCUGCGUCUGCUUGUUGAUGUCGAUGAGCCUCUGCCCGAGCAGCUGACGAUGUGUGAUGGUGAGAGCCGAUUGCUGAAGCGGUACCACGCGUGUCUUCUUCAGAAUAAUGACCCGGACUUGUACCCCUGGGAUACAUUUAAACGCCACUGGGAAACUGCCCUGGUCGACUGGUGUAGAUUCCAGGCUUCCUGGGGCUUCUGGGGAAAUACCGAGUGGCUUGAGGCCCGUGUAAGAUCAAUCAUCGGCGACCAGGAGUGGAGAGGCUGGCUGCAUCAGAAUAUCAGCAGUCGGGUUGACGGCAAAGCGAUAUGA